CAAUACGUCUGUCAAUCAAGCAAUGAAGUAGGCGUGGCCAAAAACUGACGAGCAACCCGGUCUGCAUGCGACGAUUUUGGCAGCGGCGACCAAUGAGUGCUAGUAUUCGGAGCUCCGGUGGUUUGGUAUUGCGUUUCGCAACAGUAAACACAAGAGAGGCCAGACCGAGUUUCGCGGCGUGACAGGCAUAUUUACCGGCAUCUGCGGGGCAAGCCACACGACACUGAGAGAGGCUCUCGACUGUACCCGCCUCCGCGGAGCACGCGUUCGGGAAACGGACUCUACAACCAACCCCGGCCACCCUAUAACUCGUGUGUACGUCAGUUCCAAGCAACAUGGGCACACGCUACCACCUCUUGCUAGCGUUACAAGUGCUGGUCCUCACCGCAACGGCACAAGCCUAUCGCAGCCGCUGUGACAGGCACUCGUGCCACCCGCCGCCCGGGAACCUGGCUAUCGGACGGCAGCUGCGGACCACCACCACCUGCGGGGAGAACGGCGGAGAACACUUCUGCUCCAUCUCCUCCUCCUCCGCCUGCUCCAAGGUGAAGUGCUACAAGUGCCACUCCGGGAGGAAGAACCGACAACACCAGCCCAGGUACAUGACCGACACCGGCGCCGGCCACCGCGGGACCUGGUGGCAGUCCAGGAACAACGGCGGCGCCGAGACCGUGCAGCUGGACCUGGAGAGCCGCUUCUACUUCACGCAUCUCGUCAUGGUGUUCCGCACGCCGCGCCCGGCCGCCAUGGUGCUGGAAAGGUCGUCCGACUACGGGAAGACGUGGAGAACGUACAGCUACUUCGCGCGAAACUGCACGGAGACCUUCGGGCUUAGGGAGGGGGUGAACCCCGAAGGAAGCCUGUGUACGUCCCGGUACUCCGACCCGGACCCGUGUACUAGAGGAGAGGUGAUCUUCCGGGUCCUGCCCGUGGGGAGUAACCACAGCAUCAGCGACCCCUACAGUCUCCACGCACAGGACCUCAUGACUAUCACCAACAUCAGGAUGCGCCUACUCAAACGGCAGUCCUGUAGCUGUCCCGCUGAGCAGGUCCAGGAGAAGCCGUACAAGUUUGCUCACUUCGCGGUGUAUAACCUCAUCAUCAGCGGCAGCUGCUUCUGUAACGGACAUGCCGACAUCUGCGUACCCAUCGACGGGAGGAAGGUGGUCGGACCGGGAGGACAGAGCGCUCUUCUUAAGGUGAAUGGAAAGUGUGUGUGUCGACACAACACAGCAGGAGUGAACUGCGAGCGCUGCGCUCCUCUGUACAACGACCAGCCCUGGAAACCUGGCAACGGACGCACUGGCAAGAAGAACAUGUGUGAAAAAUGUGAUUGCAACAGCCACGCUGACAGCUGCCAUUUUGACCUGAACGUGUGGCGGGCGACCAAUGGGAAGACGGGAGGGGUGUGUGACGACUGUCAGCACAACACCAUGGGCAGGAGGUGUCACCGCUGCCGACCUGGGUACUACCAGGACCACUCCAGGGACAAGGCACAUCCCGAGAUCUGUAAAAAAUGUGAAUGUGACCCGGUUGGUACGGUCGAUGGCGUAUCUGGGAAGCGGCCCUGCAACAUGCUCACCGGCAGGUGUAAGUGUAAACACGGCGUGACCGGCGCCAGGUGCGACCGCUGCAAACCCAACUACUGGGGCUUCGGGAAGAUCCGGUACGGCUGCCAGAAGUGCAACUGUGGUUCAAAGGACAUCUGUGACCUGGAGACCGGGGCCUGUCGACCAAUCAAGGAAGAGACAGAGCCAGACUUUCAACAGUACAUCUCACUACAGAGAACAGAUCACUGCAAAUGUCUCGAAGAGACUCUAAAGGAUCCGGAGCUUCUGUGUGACAAGCAUUACGACUUUGCCUUGCGAGCGACAGUUAAGGAUGCCCACGACCUUGGCGCGCACGUUGCUGUGACCGUCCAGAUCCGGAAGGUCAUCCUGUCGAAGAACGUGUCUGUGGAGAAAGGCGAGGCGAAGGUCUGGCCGACGUCGUGGGCGGAGCACGGCUGCACCUGUCCCAUCAUGAACGUCGGCGAGGAAUACCUGCUCACAGGGUUCGAGGACGUCGAGAACGGACGCCUGAUCGUGAAUGAGACCAGCUACGUGAAGGAGUGGGCGCAGGCUACGACGAGAGACAUCACCAGAGUACUGAGAAAAGUCUGCACAUGAUGUACAAACUAGUAUAGGAACAUAGACAACUUAUUACAAUAAUACAGUGCAAAUACUGCCGAAUCUCUUUGGUCAAUGAAUCAGUCCUUCUCGUCUUCAGUUUCAUUUUUCGCGGCUACAAGACAACAACGUAUAGGCGGAUCUGAUACAGCUUAACACAAUUCUUAUGCCUCCAAGUUAAGUCAGUGAUUUCUGUCCUGAGUUUCAUUGCUCUAGGCUUUCAAUCUGUUUAAGUUUGUAAAUAAGAUAUUCUUAAAAACUGGAAACAAUUAUUGGGGUCGUUUUCCAAUGUCUAGAGGUAUAAUAUCCAUGGUAUCAUCACAAGGGAUGUACAGAAUAUAAUUUACACCACUGACUCUUGUACAUGUAGGCUACACUCAAAAAGUACCAAACACGCAUAGAAAAUAGUAAAACAAAACUUAUAAGAAAAAUAAUACAUUGUACCAGUAUUUCUGCAAUGCUUGCAUGUGAUCAAUACAGUACCUUUUCAACAACUGUUCUUGCAAUAAAUAUACUGUAAUAUUCAAACAUUAAGUAUGUAAAUAUUGGGAACUACUGAUGAUGAUAGAGCCUCUUGGGUACAUGGCAGUAAUACACUGCUUGAUACAAAAAAGGAUACAUCAAUUUUAAAUACAUGUA